AUGGAAAUGGAACGGACGCCCUCACGUGACCUCGAAAAGGGUCCCACCCAAGCCAGUUACGAUGAGCUACAAUCGAAUUCUCAAGAAAAUCAAAACCAAAACCACCACCAAAACCAUCAGCAUCGUCGCGAGCCCCUGGUCACCCGUCUGGUCCACGCCGUCUCCGUCGACGGCGAAUACGUGCAUCUAGGCGAUGCCACCUACCGCCGUUCCGAGCUGGCCAACGCCUUUGCAGGUGAGCUCAACCCGGGCAUCCACCACCGUCGGCCCUCCAACCUGGCCAACCCGGUGCCGCUGGGUCUCGCCUCCUUCUCCUACUGCUGUCUAGUACUUUCGCUGCUGAACGCACAAGUCCGCGGUGUCACGAACGCCAAAGUCGUGAUCAGCGCCAGCUUGUUCUUUGGUGGCUGCAUCGAGCUUUUCGCAGGCCUGCUGUGCUACCCUACCGGUAACACCUACGCCAUGACCGUUUUUGGUUCCUUUGGUGGGUUCUGGAUCAGCUACGGAUGCAUUCUGCUCGACCAAUUCGGCAUUGUUUCUUCCUACAGCGAAGACCCGCAAAUGUUUGCCAACGCCAUGGGGUUCUUCCUAGCCGGAUGGGCAGUCUUUACGUUUCUCAUGUUACUGUGCACUUUGAAGAGUACAUGGGGUCUCUUCCUCUUGUUUUUCUUCUUGGAACUGACUUUCCUCAUGCUCACGAUCGGUACCUUCAUUUCGAACGAAAACGUCAAAAAGGCCGGAGGUUAUUUUGGUAUUUUGAGCAGUAUAUGCGGGUUCUACUCCCUGUACAGUGGUGUGGCGGAUUCGUCCAAUAGUUAUAUCCCAGUACGUGCAUACUACAUGCCCAAUGCUCCGACCGUUUGA